AUGUUAGAUCCAAGCUGUGGUGGCGUGCUAACAAACUCGUCUGGUUUAAUCACAACUCCGAAUUAUCCAAACGACUACCCAAAUAACAUCAGCUGUACUUGGCAGAUCUCUCCCGGAAAAACACAUUUGAACCUAACCAUCGAGGACUUUAUGGUAAGUAGACAACAGAGAACUUUGUAAACAAGCUACCGUUAUGUAGAGGCCUAGAAAAACUCUGUGUUAUAGCCACGUCUCUUCUUUUAGGCCACAACGUAAAAGAAUUCAGCCAUAAAAACAUUGUUUAUUCGACUUGUUUUCCGUGGUUUUUGGGGUGGUUGCAUCAAAUAGCCACGACGUUUUAUUGUACAUUACUUUAUCAGCUGCGUCCCUUGAAUCGAAGGGUUAUGCUAGGUGGUAGCUUGACAUGCUACCGUAAAAAUGCAUGUCUAGCUUUCUUAAACUUGUUCCCAAGGUCUCUUUUGUCCUCACUUAAAAAACAGAGACUCAGAAAACGAGGGUGGACUUUACCUUGUUUGAUUUUAUCACUGAAUAGAAACCCAGGCUUCACGGGGACGAUAACUUUAAGUCAGGCAAAGCGCGGGUAGAGAAAACAAAGACAAUGGUAAAGAAACAAACGAAACAAUAUAGCAUUGAAGGUGAUCAUUAAAUCUGAGCAUUAUCGUUUUAGCCACCAACACUAUCUUAAACAUCUGGAACAGGCCAAAGAGACAAACAACCCAUAUGCAACUCAGGAUGUGUCUUUUCCACUCAAAUGCCGUAUUUACUCGAAUAAGCAAAGCCGCUGCCUCGAAUAAGCGCCACAUUAAUGGACAAAAAAGUUAAUAAGCGCCGCGGCCACGAUAUAAUAAAGAUCAAAAGACAUUAAUUAUGUUAGUUUAAUACGGAAAAAUGAUAAUGCUACACUUAAAAAAUCUUUGUCGCGUCCAAAUUUCAAAUAAACGCCACCCUCAAAGAGCCGCCCUUGAAUAAGCGCCGCAUUUGACCCGUGAAAAUUUUCGUAAGCGUUGCGGUGCUUGUUCGAAUGAAUAAGGGUACAAGAAUCAAUACUGCUAUAACGUAACUGGAAAUCUAUUUAAAAAUUUGACUCUUUUCCUUACAGCUUGAGGAUUCUCAAACUUGCCAAAAGUUUGAUUUCCUUAAAAUCGAAUUUAAAGUCGGAUACAACAGGCAACACGUGACUUUGUGUGGACAGGAACCCUCUCGCCAAGUCAGUUUAAAGAUAGAUGGAACAGAAGUUAAAAUGAUUUUUCACAGUGAUACCUCUUUUGCUGAAAGAGGCUUCAAGAUCAGCUACCGUGCUUAUGGUUGGUAUAUUAAGUAUUAUAUACGAAGUAAAAUAUACCGCGGCAGCGUUAGCAUGUGAUGAUGACAACCUCGCGGAUCUCGACCCACCAAAGCAACAGGGUUAACACCAUGAACUUAAUAUACCUUAACCAAAAGAUUUUCGUUUUUGUUUUCCUUAAUAACAUACUGCAAAAUUGCAGCUGCGAAAGAAUUCUUAACAGUUGCUAAAGGUAAGAAAAUGAAAAUUUUACAAUACACUUUGACUCUGAAGAUGACUACCGCACAGGUUGUCGAAACGUCAGUUACUGUCAACAACAACAGUCCUAUUCAGGACUUCGUUCACCCGGACGACCAUACUCAACCGACUUAUGAAAUGACUCCUGGGUCCAAACCUUUCACAAAAUGAAAAUUUAAACAUAAAAUCGCUUACCUUGCAUUUGAUAACAGUAUCUAUUAUAACUAUGGAUGCGAACCCGCGAGCGGGCAAGAUGAAGGGUAUCCUGUGUUCUGAUUGGCUACCUAAGCGGGCAAGACGGAUUUCCCACUUUGGUCCCGCGAGAAAAAGUUCCCUUUUUGGCUAUAUUAUAAAUCCUUUAUUGCCUAAGCUUGAUCGGUCAAGGUGGCUGGAGGUCUAUUGGCCUCGUUCUUUAAUUUUUUGCGUUUUUAUUGACCUCGACUUCUUCUCGGCUACAAAAAUUCAAAAAAGAACUUGGCCAAUAUUCAGUCAUUUCGGCCUCGUGUUUGGUCAAUAACGUAGCGUAUGUAUUGACUCUACCAAAGAGGUUUUACACAAAGCUCGGAGCUUGUUAUCAGUGAAUAGCCUGCAGAAAACCUUCCUUAAAAAGAACCGUGAAUUUCUGCCCUUUCAUGUGCAAAAAACAGCAUCAGAGUCCUUACUGAUGAAACAUUUCCAUAGACAAAAAAUAUCAACAUCAGUAUUGAAGGAAAGUCUCCAAAAUUUACUAACAAACUAACGCAAAGCAAAUGAUGUAGCCAUGCGUAGUGCAAGUUGAGCCAAAGACUGACUCAGGACUCAACAUUUCGCUAAGAAAAGUUUUAGGGCCACUUAUUUAAAGCUACGUUCUAAGUAAUUUCCAGUUUGUCCCUUAAUUCUAUGGUUGUGGUAUCUAAGCGUUCUUUGCUGCGAACAGUGUUAAGAAAACAUGACGUGCAGGAUGGAAAGAAACAUCUAUUUGAAGCAAUCCACCUACAAUGGAAAGAUUUAAAUACAGCUAUCUAUUCUCUUCUUUCCCACAUGACCAUCCAUUUGUCUCGGCUUAGUUCAUGGUACAUAAAAACAUCAAAGAAAAACUUUCAUUGCAGAUAUCGAUCCUUGCUUGGAGAAAAAUGGUGAUUGCUCCCAUUUGUGUAACUUGGUUAAGGGAAAGCGGAUUUGUUCGUGUCCCAGUGACUAUAAACUGAAGUAUGAUGGGCGAACCUGUCAAGGUUAGUAUCAAAAAGACUUAUGCCUUUGUGUAGAGAGGGAGGGAUAUGUUGUUCUUUUGUGCUAUUGGAGUUUUGGGGAGGGAGCGGGGGGACUUGGUAAUGAAAAAACUCCGCUCGCCAAAGUUUCGCUAUCGCGAGGGUAACUCGCCAAUUUUUUAUUAUAAUUGGUGGACGGUAUCCAGUGACAAACAGUGUUCGAUCAUUGCUUACAUCGUGGACUAAACGACCACAGAAAUCCUUGCCCCGAAAGAUUGUUCCCAUUCUUCCUGGAGUGACAGGCAGUUCCCAGGGGCCCUUUUACUCAAAAGUUCCAGAAACUUUUCAGGCCCAAAAUCAAAUGUUCAAGUAAAAAUCUUAAGAAUUAAAGUUCGGACAUUAGCUAACAAACCAGUCAAUUUUGUUUUGUUACUCUGAUAGUUUUAUGUUAACUGCCAAACUACUGAAACUUCGAUCUCGAAUGUAAACAACAACAACAGUUUUCCGGGCUCGUUAAUUAUUGGAAUUUCGAGAAACGGGUCGCAGUGGUGUCAACAGAGGCGGAUCUAGGGAGAUCUUUGGGUGUUCGUGCUUACAAACUCCUUCGGCCAAAAUCCUACAGUCAAACACAUGCCAAACAAGACGGUAUUCUCGCGUGGCUGAAACUACACUUGUCCAGCAGCUGUGUCUGAGAACGCUUGUACUUACCUGCAAUGUUUACUACGUUGUUCGGCACUGCACAUCUUCUCUAGGUCUAUGGCUGCCUACAUGUAUUAAACCUUUAACCUCAAUAUACGCCGAAUUUUUGUUAUAGGCGCAAAGAGUUGCUACUUCGUGGGAUACUCUAAGUGCCCGUAUAGCUCCAGUAGUACUUGUAAAGACCUCCCCGACGGGAAGACUAGGUGCGAGUGUUGGCGUGGUUACAAAGAGCAAAAUGGCAAAUGUCAAGGUAAGCUCCAGGGCCUAGCCUGCGACUGUUUGGCGCGAAAAAAGUAUGGGGCGCGAGAUAAGCGAUGCGCGCGGGAGAGAGGAAACAUCGGUCCAACUGGCGAACAGAAACUGUUCAGAGAGCGAAAAAUUCCUAUUGGCGUUUAGCACUCCGAGGGAAAAAAGUGUUCGUUUUGGAAGGUUAACCAAUCAGGGAAAGGAGAAUAAACGAGUCAAAAAUAGCAUUGAGGGGUAUGUCAAAAGAUUUAAUAGAUUUUUAAAUGGCUAUCAACGUAUCACCCACCGCUAGUGUCACUGACUUUGAAAGGUGGAAACGGUCUUGUACUAACACUGUUUUACUCUGUUUAUUUAAGAUAUUGAUGAGUGUAAGGAGAAGCCAGGUAGAUGUGGAGUGGGAACCUGCUGGAACUACAGAGGCUGGUUUAGUUGUCGCUGUCCAAGAGGAUAUCGACAUAAUGGAUCGACAUGUACCGGUACGCGAUGCACUUAGAUUUUGUUUGAGUUAUACCCUUCCAUUGAUGCAUUGUUUUUUAAAGCAGUUAAACUGGACAACGUUUUGGGCGAAAAGUCCCACUGACGGCCCUCGCUGUUACUCUUUGCAGAUAUUGAUGAAUGUAAAGAUUACAGAGCGCCAGAUUGCGGGGAGGCCACCUGUUUGAACACCCCUGGAAGCUACGUCUGUCAGUGCGCGCCUGGGCACCAGCUGAUUAAUUCCGCUUGUCAAGGUAAGUUCAUUCAACCAUAAAUCACAGAAACGCGCUUCUUUGUUCCCUUUCCGUUUCUUGAAGCUACAAUGGCAGACGCAAGUGUUUAGAACGCUUAGAUAAGCAACGCUAACUUCAUGUAUCUGAUGUACUUCCGCAUGCUGCUUCGGUUAGUCGUGCUUAGAAAUACUGCGUCGGAGGACGCAUGUAAUUAAUCAAAAUCAAAUUUAUAGAAUGUGUCUAAACUCAGUUUCACUCACUCGCUGGCUUCCCCUUUGAUCCGCAACUAUCUCGGUACCACAGCGCCCUACCUAAGCCCAAUCACUUCAGUCUAUCAUUCUGGUCUCUUAUAAUCAUUACGACAGUAAAUUUUCUCAAGGCCACACAGAACAGGUCUUGAUCGGAUCGAGAUUUAACUGAGUGGGAAAAACUUUAUGUUUUAUAGAUAUUGACGAAUGUAGUACAGGCACUCAUGGAUGUGAUCACAUGUGUAGAAACACCAAAGGCUCCUACAUAUGUCGCUGUCGCCCGGGACAUUUCCUUGAUAGCGAUGGCAAAUCCUGCCGAGGUACUUUUCAGCUCUUUAAUUUAAGAACAGCUUUAAUUUAAUAAGUAUUAGGGGAUGCGUGAAAGGCAUACGCACCUAACAGCUUAACGUAACAACAAACGUAUUGUAACGUUAUUUACCGACGACGCGAUCACGUGACUUAAGCGGAGACCAGGUGAAGAGUAUCAAGCUGCCUUCCCCUCAGUAAAAAUCGGAGAAGGGGCGUCUGUGAUUUACCUUCGCUAAUCGUGUAUGAAGGCCACAUGAUUUUCCCGGAAUGUGUGGAAAACGAUUUAAUUGGCUGUUACUUGUAGAUGACUACCUCAUGUAAAUGAGGGAUCUCGAUUGGUUUUAGGGCCUGUCGUCAAAACAUAGCAGGCAACCAGAAAAUCAUCAUGCAGUACGCGAGAAUUUACCGCGCUUGGUUGCUCGCUGAAAUCUUUCCGAAAUAUGUUAAUGCUGUAGAAUGGGAGAAAACAAUAAAGAGGAAAUUCGGGGAUUUUAUAGUACACUGAUCAAUUACAGCACUGAAAUUUUUUAAAGAAAAUUUAACAACGAAUUUUGGUCCAAUCGCUGUUUUUGUGAAAGUAGCCUUAUAAAUUAUAAAAAGAGCUCAGCAUUGCGUUUUACUGAUUCUCAUGUUUUCAUUUCAUGCUUCAUGUCUACUUGCGUUUAGCUGGUUGUAGAGUGUAUAAGGGUUAUUUGCAAACGAAUGAGUGAUAACAUCUUUUCGGAAGCAUCCAAAAAGUAGCAAAUUUGUCUGUAUUAGGUCCAGCCUUCAGUUCAUGCAUUUUUUAUACCCUGCCAUAGAAAAUGCCGAUAGGGGCAGGAAUUUGAUUUAGAGCUAAAACUAUUGUGACGUCAUUGUCACGUGAUAUUUAUUCCGAUCGCCCAAAAAAUAAUAUCAUAAUAAAGUUAAGUCAAUGUGUAAGAGUGAUAAUGUUUUUACAAUAAAGAUGCUGAUCAAUUUAUUUAAGCAUAAGAGACUCAAAGAUGGAAGCUGUACCUACAAAAAUACUGGGGCGAGCCACCUUAAGAUUCAGCAACCUCUGAUAAAUUGUUAUACGCAGCACAGAUUGAUCAGUGUGCAAGAUGGCUUUAAAAGUGUCCAGCGCGCUUACACUUGUAUUGCUCUUAUUUCAGCGGUAAGAGUUGAAGGCCUCGGACAAGUCCAAACCAUCGAGACUUGCCAAGGAGAAUCAUUAGUUCUCGAUUGUAAAGACGAGAAAACGGCACUGGUCAUUUUCAAGGCUGUGUACAGUAACUUUGAUUCAAAUGCCUGUCCUAGAAACAAAAACAGGCAUAACCUGCCUUACAAUGUCACCCAACCUCAGUGUGCAGGGGACGUCACAUCCAUGAUAAAGAAUCUUUGUGGAUGGCGCAGACGAUGUGACAUUGUAGUAAGCAGUACGACCAUUGGAGAGUUGUGUACGGACAGCUAUAAACUGACAGUCCUGUAUUCAUGUGGUAAGGUGGCAUACACAGUUAGUUUACGUAAGAAGGUCGACGUGGCCAGCGGUAAAGUCUAACACAAGUUAACUAAGUUAACAGAAAAAACGGCCGAUUUCGCGGGAAUUUCGCGGAAAAGUUCGGAACAAAUUUCGCCGAAAAACGAUCGUUAAAAAAAGCAAAUUUUGCGGACAUUUUCUGGGCAAAUUUCGCUAGAAAGCGAUUGGUUUUGCGAUGAUUUCACGAACUUUUUUAAUAAAACAAAACGGCAAUUUUGCCAAUUUUUGGUGGGGGGAGGGUGGGGGAAUGAUGAGAGUUACAAACGCCAAGAUUCGGCCUAAAGGAGAGCGGGCUCUGAGUACGAGACUGACAAUCGGCGUGGGCGUUUUCUUCAUAUGUUUUCCUUGGUAUAUUGUUAAGAUAAAAUGUAUAAUGUUUACAUUUCGAAUACGACUUUGUUAAUAUUAGUUAAUAAAUCAAUGAACCAUCAAAAUUUGAAAUACUUAGCCCAAAAAUUGUUAAAAUUGAAGAAAUUCCUCGUUUUCAAUGACGCAAUUGUGCAAGGCCGCAGUUCGAUUCAGGUAUCAGAGUUCCGCGCAUGUCUGUAAAAGUACCCGGCAACCGUUUGGUCUGCCACUCGGUUUGGUAUUCUUUAUAUAACUGACUUAUCUUAUUCUUAAACACACGAACGUUCUGUGAGCACUUAAAGUUGAUCCUUUUGUUCUUCAAUAAUUUAAUUUGUUUGCCUCUCUAAACUUAGACUACAAAACAGUCCGCAUUUCUGCGUAUUGAAGUACGCACGAACAGUCAAAAAAAAGGUCUGGAGCGAGGCUGAAAACGGAGAGCGAGACUGAGGCUCUUACGCUACUCUUACUCUACACUAAACAGACUGUUUUGCAGUUUACUCUAAACGGCGCAGAAUCUCUCUACGACGGACACUUAACAGGAGGCGCGGUGCAGAAAUACUGUUUGUUUUAACCCUUAUUUGAACCUUAAUAUCUGUCAUAUCUUCACUUAAAUUCUCCUUUGUUGUCCCUACACGUUUCUUGUAGAAGUAGUGAGGAGAAUUUGCUAAAGUAUCAAUACACCUUUGUGAUCAUGCCUUUAAUUCUCAUGACCAGUCUGUUUUAUAAAGCAUAGAUAUUACAAGGAGAAAUUUGAUGUUGUUAACUUAAAGAAGGUCUAACACAAGCAUUGUUCAAGCAAAUAAUUUUCAUCCUUCCACGACCUUACAUAUGAGUUUCUAUUACCGCACAGCGGAGGACCCAUGCAGUGGUGACGCGCGCGGUCCAUCAGUUUUCAUUCGUCUCUUGUGUUGGAAAAUAGAAUAAUUUUGUUUAGAUUUCCUCAGCUCCUGAUUUGAACUUGGUUCAAAGUCAACAGGCAGCUCAAGUUUCAAUGUAAGUUUAAGCCAGGAAAUGAAAGUAAGUGUUCGAUCUUCGGUGGUAAUGUUUUGUUUUGUUUCUGGACCCUGCGACCCUCCCCCUUGGAUCAUCUACUGCUUCGUUUAAGUCUAACGGCUGUAUCCGUCUGAGAGAGGGAGUACAUGGCCUUAUGGUGGUAGUGAUUACAAAACUUGAUUAAUAUCACUAAUAGUUACCAUAGCACUAAACAUCCUUUUAAAUUUCUACCAAUCCGCGGACUCAAAAAAAGACAAAAAAAGGUCCGCUAACGGCAUUAACAUGUACUCAAAUUCUGCCCUGUCCUUUAGGUAAACCUCUCACGUGCAAGUAUUCACCGCCGAAGUUGUCAUGCCCCGCCACAGAAAAGAAUGAAUGCACCUCGGACGAGUCCUGUCACAGCUCUAAAAUGUGCUGUUUUAACGGCUGCAUAAAAACCUGUGUAGCUCCUUCCUUGUACUCAGGUUAGUCUGACAGAUUACGCCGCGCGUUCACGUUGGAUUGAAAGUUCGGUACAGUUUGGAUACCCUAUACACAAGCAUUUUUGCAGGCGUUUCUGAUCGUUGACUUUAGACUUAUUGGUUAGACAUUCAACUAUCCGGACAGUAAAGUUUCAGUUUAAAGUACCCUUUAGGGCCGUUUCAAUAGCCUUAGGAAACAGCUGACAUUUCGCGACGUCACCACUCAGUGGUUUCCCAGCGAAAUGACGUCUGGGGAACGAGCGCGGAAAUUCCAUACUGUCAGAUUACGUGUAACUACCCAGACCUGGAUAGUGCUUCUAAUUGGUUAAAGCAAAUUUUCAACCAAUCAGAAUUACUGCCUAGAUUUAAAGUAGUUCUGAUUGGUUUAAGCAAAUUUCCCUCGUGGUACAACACUACCGCAAUAACCCAGAACUGAGUAGUUGCACGUCAUCAGUAUGGAAUUUCUGCGCUUGUUCCUCUGACUUCAUAUUGCAGGGAAACCACUGAGUGUUGGCGUCGCGAAAUGUCAGCUGUUUUCACAGGCUAGUUUCAACGGUUUCAAUCGACAAUCCCGGACAUUUAGAAACUGUAAUUACAGGGUUCGUGCAGAUUGUUUAAUCCAAAAUUCAAGACUUUUUCCAGACUUUUUUUCCCAAAACAAUCAUUUCUUUUUCCAGACUCGAGGUUAUCAAAUAGGUGAUCAAUACAGACCUUAAACAAAGCAGUAACGAAGCUUUUCUCUCGAUGUACGCACUGCAAGCGUACGGGCGAGAUUGAAUAAGAUUUGACCAAAAUGAAAAAAAAAAAAAUCACUUACGAAGCACUUGUUGUAGCUUUGAAAAAAUACUUAAAGCCUUUUUACCAUUUCUCCAGACUUGAUCUCUAUUUUCCAGACGUCUGGAAAAUUGCUGGGAAAAUUUCAAGGGCUUUUUCAAGAAUUUAAGACUCUGUACGAACCCAUGUGUAUAUAG